GCUCUCUCAGAGUUUUACCAUGUCGUCCGCAGCUCCAGCACCCUCAACCCAUGCGGCCAAAUCAAUACGCAAGAAUGGUAAAAACUGGCAUGACAACAAGAAGCCCUUCAGGCCCAACGGGGGUUUAACCUCGUACACAAAAAGAGCGGCUGCGCGGAAAGAACAGGAGGCUAUUAAGGAGUAUGAAAAGGAAUUGAGAGAGGAAAGAGAAGCAGAGAGACAGGCGCACAUCCAAAGAAUCAAAGAACGCAGAGCCGCGAAGGAAGAGAAGGAGCGAUAUGAGAAAAUGGCCGAGAAGAUGCAUCGCAAACGGGUCGAGCGACUGAAGAAAAGAGAAAAACGAAACAAGCUCCUCAACUCUUGAACAAUGUUAUCAGUACUCCCUUAUUUGUGCAUAGGUUCGGCGUCUUAGGAGUUAGGGCUUCAAGGCCUCGGCGAGCGAAUGCUUUGUUUCUCUUGAUUGCUUACUUCGGAUUCUUUGCUCGACAUCUUUUUACAUUUUGA